AGGAACGUCUCUCGAGGGGAGGCAGGUGUGUAGGCCAAAGAGGGAGGGCCCGGGCCCGUGGCCUCACGGAGUCAGACCUCUUGUGGGAAGAGCACCAAGUUGUCCCUCCCAAGCUGCUCAAGCCCCACUGAUGAUGGAUGAGAGGGAGGAGGAUGCCGAUGAGGAAGCCUGGCUGCAGCUUCGGCCGGUGGAGCCCUUGCCCUCCCAGUGCUGUGGCAGUGGCUGCUCACCUUGUGUGUUUGACCUCUAUCACCGAGAGCUGGCAAGGUGGGAGGCAGCCCGAGCCAGCAAGGACAGGAGCCUGCUCAGUGGGGAGGAGUCCCAGAGCUGCCCAUCCAAGCUGAGCCCAGAGACCUUCCUGGCCUUCUGCAUCAGUGCCGUGGACAGACUCACUGAGGACACUUACUGUGUUCAGUUUGCACUACCCAGGAACUGCCAGUUCAGCCUGCGGCCUGGCCAGCACCUCAUCCUACGAGGAAAGGUGGAUGGCUUAGAAAUUCAGAGAGCCUAUACGCCCAUCAGCCCUGCCAACGCAGAAGGAUACUUUGAAGUUUUAAUCAAGCAUGUAUGUGUUCCAGUGAGAUCCCCCUGUGUUUGCUCCCAGUGCUACCCGACCGGGUUGAUGUCCCAGUACGUCAAGUCCUGGGGCACAGGACACACAGCUUUCUGGCGAGGACCUUUCGGCGAUUUCUUCUAUAAAGCAAACCAGUACGGUGAGCUCCUCAUGCUAGCUUCAGGCACUGGCCUGGCCCCCAUGGUGCCCAUCCUGCAGAGCAUAACAGACAAUGCAGAGGACGAGACCUUUGUCACCCUGGUCUGCUGCUUUAAGACCUUUGAGGGCAUCUACCUGAAGACCUUCCUCCAGGAGCAGGCCCGUUUCUGGAACGUCCGAACCUUCUUUGUCCUCAGCCAGGAGAACUCCCUGGAGAAGCUUCCCUGGAGUUACCGGGAGAAGACCUGCUUUGGCCGCCUGGCCCAGGGCCUGAUUGAAGAGCUGGUUGGCUCCUGUCGCAGAAAGCCAUUUGCAUUGGUCUGUGGCUCAGCAGAGUUUACCAAGGACAUGGCCAGGUGCCUGCUGUGCGCAGGCCUGGCCAAGGACUCCUACUACCUCUUCUAGCCCUGGCCUCCCUUUCAAAGCCCAGGCCAGGGUCCUGCCACUAGAACACUGGAAGAAGCACAGACUGAAAUCAGAAGACAUGGAGUGCAGGUCUGAGGCCCCACCGCUCACUGGCCGGGUAACAGGUGAAUGUCUUUACCUCUGUGCACCUGCAGCUCUCCCCUACCUCCCAAGGUUGCCAACUCCCUCAGGCAGACAUCUUGCUGUGUGGAGGGAAGAUGAGGCUGCAGGAGCCCCAGGGAGGGGGCAUGGGAGUCCGGGAGGACUCCAGGGAGAAAGCCUGGUCCAUGCCAAGCCCCAGGAUGAGUAGGAGCCGGCAGGAGGAGGUGCAGGAGGAGCUUCCCAGGUGCCUCAGAUUGGAGGGCUUGGGGACUCCCAUCCCACCCUGCCCUAGAAAUGCCUGCUCUAAAACCUGCUUUCCCUGGAAGCUGCGUGUCCCUGCUGUGGCCUCAGGGUUGGCUCAGAUGCAUUGCUUGCGGAGUGUUUAGGGAAUGACCAUAGGGGUAGCUAAGAGCUGUUUGGAGGAGGAACUUGCCUUACGUAUCUCCUGUGCCUCAAGCCUGACACAGCGGUCUCAGGUUCUGUGACCUGAUCACAUUCUCUGGGCAAGGUGGGCCCUGGACUACCUUUAUUUUGUACUGGGCCCAGGCCUUUCCUACUGCAAACAGCUUCGCUCUCAGUCUCCCUUCCCUGGCUCAAGAGCCCAUUCCAGAGUCCUUUCCUGAGCAAAAGAGGUACAGAAACGAACACCCCUCCCUCCUGUAGGCAGCCAGCUCAGCCUGCCUUCAGCUCAGGAGCCCUGGUGACGGUUGCUAUGGAGAUCUAAAGAUAGAGCAGGAGUCAGGAGACCUGGGUCCCUCUCCCUGCUCUGCCCACUGAGCCACUGCUGAUUCCGCUCCACCCCCACUGCCCUCCCCACCGCGUCCCUCCAUCCUGCGUGGGGCAAGCCCUCCCCUCGGACCUGGCGCUCCAUAAUGAAUCCUGCUUUCCACUGCCUGGCCUCCACCGUGCUGCCUCAGCUGGGGCUGGCUGCGGGCGCUCCCGGAAUUGGAAUAGUAAGCCAUGAAAUCUCAGAAUCAGAGGACCAUGGACUCAGUUAGAACUUUAUGGUCGUGAAAUCGCAGCCCUCCUCACACCAGAGAUUAAAGUUCGGGACUCCAGAAGCCAUCCCGUCUAUUAGACUCAUUGUGCGAACGGGGACAGCCAGGCCCAUGAAGCGAAGAGACGUGCCCAAGGUCAAACAGUUCGCUGCAGAGCUGGCAUGAGAAGCCAGGUCCCCUGAUGGCGCCUGUAUGGAGAGUUGAGGUAACCGGUGAUUUUCACACCGGGCUCCAUAGGACACUAGGGUUCCGGGCAAGGCAGCAGUGAGGGGACAGCCACGCGGGGUCUCCAGACUCCCUGCAACUAGAGCAGUUUUGUGUUCAUCCCAUUAAUAUAUCAGGGUUUGCGGUCACCUCCAUUUGUGAGAGGGUUUUCCUGCAUGGCCCAAAAAGUUGCAGGCACAUCUCCAAGCUGGGCCAUGUCCAAGAAAUAACCCUGGUGGGCAUCUGGGGGUGCCAGAGGUUUCACACUCAGACUUAGGGGUGGUAGGGAGUCCCCACGUAAGAAAUGAAGGUCUGGGGCGGUUCUUUUGUGUCUUUGUCCCAUUUUGUAUGUUGGGUGUUUAGACAUUAGACACAGCCACUCACUGAUAACCAUCAGCCCCUCUUGUCCUAGAACGUGCCACCCUCCCCUCCCCUCACCUCACAGGGCGUCCAGACAGUCUGGGUACAGUGGGGUCUCUUAUCAUGGGACGAUGGUGAAGACCCAGCCAUGCCCUUGAUACCAGUAUGCCAAAAGGCUCGUAUCAUCCAGAGACUGGAAAGCUCCUGCCUUGCAAGAUGGUAAGCUAGCCUUAGAAGGGGACCGGCUGGGGUGUGUGAGGAUGGACUGUCUGAAUUGGAGGCAAGGCUCUGUUGGCUAGCCAGUUCUGCCCAUCCCUCCUGAUGAAGCCACACCUACUGCAUGGCAUUGGGGGGGGCAUGCCAUCAGGGUGAUGGCAGCCAAAGGACGCCCGCCUGAGUUUGGCCCCCUCAGUAUUUUGCCUGCAGCUCUUCUAUGUUCCCCUCGCUGGUCUCCCAGCCUCUUCCCUCACGCACUCCGUACUGCCGCCAGACCUGGUUUUGCAACUCUGAUAGGAACACUUAAUAGGAGAGAGAGGAGGAGCAAGAUGGCGGAGGAGUAGGAGAUCUAAAUUUCGUCUGGUCCCAGGAAUUCAGCUGAAUAGGGAUCAAACCAUUCUGAACACCUACGAACUCAACAGGAGAUCGAAGAAAAGAAUAGCAGCAACUCUCUGAACAGAAAAGGGACCACUUUCUGGAAGGCCUUUGGAGCCUGUGCGUGGUCCAACUGCUAUUCAUCCUUCAAGUCCCACCCUAGAUGCCUCUUCCUCCAGGAAGCCUUCCCUGACUUUUCCAGGACAGUUUAAGAGCAUUUCAUCUAGGCUCCCACAACCCCUCUCCAUUCUCUAGAAAAAAAUUAAACCUCAUCACACUAAAAA